AUGCAGAAGAGGAUGCUGAUUUUGGUACUUCAACAGAUUUAUCAGAUGUUUGGAGGGAGGGAACAUAGCCAAGCCCAAGAAAUGGAAUACACUACAGAAUCCGUGGUAUCUCCAUGCUUCUGCCUCAAUGGUGGCAUCUGUCAGGAUGGAGCCUGCAUGUGCCCAGGGGAGUGGGUGGGAUCUCUUUGUGAGAUAAUUAACUUCUGUGAAGCCAGUACUUGCAUAGUGACAAUUUCUGAAAGCAUUAUAAAAAACCUUGCUUUUGAAUGAAUCAUAGUGGGUAAAUAUGGCAACCCCAAAGAAAAAUGUGAACCUGAUACUGUGAACGUUAACACUUCAAUAGCAAUCAGGAUGUGCUCCAGAGAAGGGAGAAUUCCUACUUUAGAGCCCCACAAAAUUCUGAAUUGUAAUGAAAAUCUGGACUCCCUAGGAUCACAGGUUGAAACUGCAGACUCCAGCAAUUUUUCAGCCAUUGUAAGUAACAUGCAAAUCCUCACCUCUGUGCCAGACCAGCUGACCACACAGAACAUCUCUGCUGCUGCAAACAUUGCAGUGCAGAUUCCGAAAAAGCCAAAUGUUCCAGAAGAGUCUCAGGUGUCUGUGGCAGUAACGGCUACACUGAGUCAGCUUUUGGAUGCCAAUGAAACAGAACUCAACCACAAUAAUCUUGUCAAUGCUACGACAAGCCUCACCAAAACAAUGGAGGGUUUUUCCUUGACUGGCAACAUCUCGCAGCACAACAUUGCAAUCCAGUCUGCUCCACUCAAAUUAAGCUCUUCUACGAUGCUAUUUUCAGCACAAAGACAUACAGCACUGGGACAUUAUCAGUCAACAAAACUAAACACACAGGAAAAUGCCCCUGGCCUUAUUGAUGACCUUAGUACUGAAGUUCAGAUACUGGUCAACAUUAUAAAUAACAGUUCAUCAGACAAUGGAAAAGUUGGCUUUGUCAUGUAUCAAAAUGACAAACUCUUUCAGUCAAGGAUUUAUGAGAGUCACAGUGGUUUCUCUAAACAAAUUUUCUCAGGCAACACUGAUGGUGGAAGAACCAUUGGUGUUGAAAUAGCCUUCAGUCCCAAGUGCAACACAUCCAAACUGCAGCUGCAUGACCAUGCCUGUGUCUUCUGAGACUACACUGUCAACGACUGGAGCACCGCUGGCUGUGCAAAAGAAAGAGACCAGUUUGCGAGAUGCAGGUGUCAUCACACGACUAAUUUUGCUGUCCUCAUGGCCUUUCAGAUCAAACAUAAAUAUGCAAAACCCUUGGAGUAGAUUUCUUACAUUGGUGUUGGAUUGUCCAUGGCUGGUCCGGUCAUUACAAUUUUGUUUCAAAUAUUCACUAGGAAAACUCAGAAGUCAUCUGUAACGUGGAUGUUAGUGAGUCUGUGUUUGUCUCUGUUCAUUUUUAACAUCAUCUUCAUCUAUGGAACUGAAAACUAAAACACCAGGAAUCACAGCAGGAAUACCACCAGCUACUACCAGCCAACUUACAGUACCGCCGGUAACACUUUAGUCACAUCUGACAUAGUAGAUCCUCCUGCAGACCUCUGGUGUACGGCCAUGGAUGUCCUACUGCCCUAUUUUUUGUUGGUGACAUUUCUGUGGACAGCACUCAAUUGUGCACAGUUGUACCUACUGUUGCUUAGAGCCAUGAAGCCCCUGCCUGGACACUGCCUCAUAACCAUGUCAGUAAUUGGAUGGGGAAUCCCUACUGUAGCAGUUGCAAUAACACUUGGAGCUACUUACAGAGAAGGAAAAGCUUUGAACUACUGACAGGAAGAAUUUUGCUGGCUUGCAGCACUGGAUCAAAAUCAGAAUUUCUGCAUGCAAAAGCCCAUGUUGUGGUCAUUCCUUUUUCCAGUGGCACUCAUACACCUGUUUAACAUCAUCAUCUUCAUCAAGAUCGGAGUCUCUGUAAUAUGGAAGAAGAAUGAGAAUUUGACAAGCAGUCAGAAAAUGAAUUCCAUUGUUGCAAUGGCUCAGACUUUGUUCAAGUACGUAUCAAUGAACGCAUUUCAGGCUUUUACCCCCUUUUUGUUUGGUUGCAGUGUUGCUCAACUUGACUGCAAUGAAGGUUAUCCCCAGUUUAAAUCCACGUAA